CUACUCCUCUCCGCGCACGAAUGGCAACUCUUUCAGUCCAGCCCGCCUGGGAAAGGGAGGGUGAGGAAUCCCUCAAGAAAAGUCCUGUUUUAGAAAGGGAAGAUCGCGGGAUGUGCGAGCCCCGGAGGCUUUCUGACUUAUAGCGCUGCAACUGUUUUUGCAGUGCUUCAAAAAUCUGCAAAUCCUGUGAACUUUGAUGCAAGAGGGAUUUCUUUCAGUCGCCUGACCUGAAUCAGCCCUUCCACCAUUGACUUGGAACAUUUUAUUGUGAAACAGAGAAGCAACAGGGCCAUUCUAUUACCCCUUAGAAGACUGCUUGAAUUCAAGUUGGAGGCAGACCAGUGUGAAAGAAGAUUACAUCAGCAGACAAUAACAUCACUCAUCCUCUGUCCCAGGCUCAACUUACUGAAACCAAAAUGACCAGUAUAGAUCCUUAUCAGCAAAUUAUGGUGGAACACCAGUACUCGCACACAUUUACUGUGACAGUUAAACAAGCCAAGAAUGUCACCAAAGGGUCUUUUGGAGAUAUGCUUGAUACUCCUGACCCUUAUGUGGAGCUGUUCAUCCCAACAGCCCCAGACAGCAGACAGAGAACAAAACACAUCAAUAACAAUGUGAACCCUGAGUGGAAUGAAACCUUCGAAAUAAUUCUGGACCCCAACCAGGAAAAUGUUUUGGAGAUCACUCUUAUGGAUGCAAAUUAUGUGAUGGAUGAGACAAUUGGUACUGCAAAAUUUCACAUAUCAUCUUUGAAGGUGGGAGAGAAGAAAGAAGUCUCAUUCAUAAUCAAUAAAAUAAUUGAAGUUAUUUUGGAGGUCUCUCUUGAAGUUUGUUCUUCAACAGACCUCCGUUUCAGCAUGGCCCUGUGCGAUGAAGAGAAGGCUUUCCGACAGCAGCGGAAGGCUAGAGUAAUGCACCAUCUGAACAGUUUCCUGGGGACAGACUUAACCUCCACCCGUGAUGUACCAGUGAUUGCGAUCUUGGGGUCUGGUGGUGGGUUUCGUGCCACAGUAGGGUUUGCUGGGGUGAUGAAAGCACUGUAUGAAUCUGGAAUUUUAGACUGUGCAACAUAUGUCGCUGGCUUGUCUGGAUCCACAUGGUAUAUGUCAACAUUGUUCUCUCAUCCAGAUUUCCCAGUAAAAGGACCAAAGGAAAUAAACAAAGAGUUGAGAAAUAGCGUCAGUCACAAUCCAUUAAAGCUGCUUACUCCUCAGAAAGUCAAGCGAUACAUUGAAGCAUUAUGGAAAAAGAAGAGGUCUGGGCAGCCUGUUACAUUUACAGAUAUCUUUGGAAUGUUGAUUGGAGAAACACUCGUCCAAAAUAGAAUGGACACCACUUUGUCAGAUAUGAAAGAGAAAGUCAACAAAGCACAGGCUGCUCUGCCACUCUUCACAUGCCUCCAUGUUAAACCUGAUGUAUCAGAACUGAUGUUUGCCGAUUGGGUGGAAUUCAGUCCCUAUGAGAUUGGGAUGGCUAAAUAUGGUACCUUCAUGGCUCCUAAUUUGUUUGGCAGUAAAUUUUUUAUGGGAACAGUAGUGAAAAAAUAUAAAGAGAACCCCUUGCAUUUCUUAAUGGGUGUUUGGGGAAGUGCAUUUGCUAUAUUAUUCAACAGAGUCCUUGGAGUUUCCAAUUCUCAAAAUAAAGGACCCACAAUGGAAGAAGAACUAGAAAAUAUCAGGUCGCAGCACUUUCCACAGAAAAUAUCAGGUAGCGAUUCAGAUAGCGAUGAUGAGUCACAGGGACCAAAAGGCACAGAAAACCCGGAUGCUCAAGAGGAACAUGAACAGAGCAGCCAAGAAAGCUGGGUGCAGCGUAUGUUUAUGGCUCUGGUGGGCGACAGUGCCCUUUUCACCACCCGAGAAGGGCGUGCGGGCAAAGUACAUAAUUUUAUGCUGGGCUUGAAUCUCAACACGUACUAUCCAUAUUCCCCAUUGGCUGGCCUUGGUACACAAGAAUCUGUUGAGGAAGAUGAAAUGGAUACUGCGGUGGCAGAUCCUGAUGAGUUUGUCAGGAUAGAUGAGCCGUUGGAUGUAAAGAGCAAAAAGAUUCACAUUGUGGAUAGUGGACUUACAUUUAACCUGCCAUAUCCACUUAUCUUAAGAUCACAACGAGGGGUUGAUCUUAUAAUCUCAUUUGAUUUUUCUGCACGUCCCAGUGAUUCCAGUCCUCCUUUUAAGGAAAUCUUACUUGCUGAAAAAUGGGCCAAAAUGAACAACCUUCCUUUCCCCAAAAUAGACCCGUACGUUUUUGAUCGUGAAGGCUUAAAGGAGUGCUAUGUCUUCAAGCCCAAGAAUCCUGCUUCUGACAUAGACUGCCCAACAAUUAUUCACUUUGUUUUAGCCAAUAUAAAUUUCAGAGACUACAAAGCACCAGGUGUUCCAAGGGAAACUCUGGAAGAAAAAGACUUUGCUGACUUUGAUAUUUUUGAUGAUCCUGAUACACCGUUCUCCACCUUCAACUUCCAAUAUUCAAAUGAGGCUUUCAAUAGACUGCAUGAUCUAAUGGAGUUCAAUACUCUCAACAAUUUAGAUAUAAUCAAGCAAGCACUAGCAGACAGCAUUGAGUACAGAAGACAGAACCCAUCGCGCUGCUCAGUAUCCCUCAGCAGUGUUGAGGCAAGGAGGUACUUCAACAAGCCUCAGAGCAAUAACCAUACAUAGGGAGAACACAUUGCAGACUUCCUUAUGUGGAACAGAGUGUAACUCGAUUGGUCAAACAGCCUUUAUGAUGAAGAAAGUAACUUCUGGUUUGAACAGUACCCAAAAUACAAUGUUUAAAAAGUUCCCUGUGGUUUAUAGACUUUUUAAAUAAUGUUGUCUUAUGGUCAUGAUAAUGUUACAAAUCACCCGUCCAGGUAGCUUAUGUUGCUACACAAACAUGUCGCAGUCAGUGCUAGAAAAUAUUAAUACCAUCGUCUGGUGAUGAAUUCGUGCUAAAAUGUUAUAUCCAAAGCUGUGAUUCACUUUUACAUCAGCAUCAUUGGGAAUAUAAGCGGCUUGUUAAAAUGUUACUGUUUUAUGUUUAUUACACUGAUCUUUUAUGUUGCUGAAUAUUGUCUGUUAUUCCUUAACUUGGUUGGUAAAAGGGCUAGAUUCUUCUCCUUCCUUUUUCCAUGCAACCCAAUGCCAUUGUUGCAAUGUGUACAAGAUUUCUUUUUAUCUAAUUAGUGUUUCAAAGCCAUGCAACUGAGGCAUCAGUCAUGCGUACUCACAAUGAAACACUUGCUGCUGAAAGCCUUUUUGCACUAUUGCCAGGAUCCUUUGAAGAGUUAUCCAAAUUGUUGUGCCGUUACCACUUGGAAUAUUGUAAGGAGAUACAAUGCUGGUAUUGGGCUGGAGCAGCAUGAUAUGCAUUCUGGCAGUGUCAUGGAGUCCUUUGUCAUGCUGAAGAAGUUUUCAGUAGCAACUGCAGGUAUAUAUAACAUGGACUCCAAUGAGGUUUUACUGUAGCAAAUUCUGUCAGUUAGGGGAAAUUUUACUUACGAUGACUUUAUCAUAUAAAGGUUCUUAAUGAUCUGUCUGAGUUCAACCAUGGUCUUUUUAAUUAAUUUGAUUUUACUGUCAGCAUUUCAGCUAAUGGCCAAUAAUUUUGUUAGCCUUCAAGGUGAAACAGGACUGUUAAAUUUAAAUCUAAAAAUAUAUAUAUAUUGUCUCAUAAGCUUCCAUGGCCAGAAGUCCCUUUGUCAGAUGCAUAAAGUAGCCACCUUUAAAUAUGUGUAGAUAUGUAUAUAUAGAUAUGUGUAACCAGUGUACAGAGAGAAGACACUUUCAUGAGGCCAAAAGGCCAAAAUAUCAGUAUGUAGAACAUAUAUGAAACCAUAUGAAUUGGCCUUUAUUGGAGAUUGUAAGGUGUUUUGUGGAGUUCCUCAAAAAGUGGGGCUUACAUUUUUAAAGAAUGAAGAUCAAAUAAACCCAGAAUCCUAUCAAAUGAACAAAGAUUCAGAUUUUCUGAAUGUGAUCUCAUGGCAACUAGGGGUAGCAAAAUUAAUGUAAGUCAGGGGUGGGGAAACCUCAGGACCACAACCUGAAUGUGGCUCUCCAGGCCUUUUUAUAUGUUCCUCGGGACACUCUCCCCAAGCCACCUCCCUCCCACUGGCCCUGCUCAAGCACUUUUACCUACCCGGAAUAUGUUUUUGAACUGUAAUAUUUUAGAGUCAGUAAAAUGAUAAAAGUCCCCAUCAAAGGAGUUUCUUUGGGGGGGGGCAUCUUAAUCCUGUACAUUUAAACCAGUUUUAAAUGUGCAUAACAGUCAAAGACUCCCAACCAAGUAACUCUGGGGAUUAUGGUGCUAUGAAGACAGUGAGUAUGGCAUAGUGGUUAGCAGCACCGGUUCUAAAGGGCGGCCAGGUUGGGCACUGGCCCGACGGCCCCUGGAGCUACAUGGGGCUCCUCAACCGCCCUUCUGCUCCCCUUCUGUGAUCCGCAGGCUCCCCAUGUCUCCCCAUGUCUCCCCACUUACCUGUCUGCUGUCUUUUACCGUUGCAUGCCAUCAACAAAGAUGGCGGUGGAGGCUUCAUCCCCUUAGGGAAACCGCGGCCGCCAUCUUGGUUAAGGGCAAUAGUAAAAGACAGGAGACAGGUAGGUGGGCAUGGGGUGCACGCACACACACAUGUACGCGAAUGCAACUCACGCGAACGCGCACGCAUGCACAUGCCAGGGCCUAGGGCAAGCUGGUGCCCAAGGGCCCUGGCAUUCCUGGAGCCGGCCCUGGUGGUUAGAGAGUUGGAUGAGGACCUGGGAGACCAGGGUUCAAAUCUCCACUUAGCAUGAAGCUCACUGAGAGACAUUGGGCCAGUCACUGCCUCUCAACCUAGUCUACCUGACGUGUUGUUGUGGGGAUUAACCUAGGAGGAGAAGAACCAUGUAUGGCACCUUGAGUAGGAAAGGUGGCAUAUAAAUACAAUAAAUAAAUAAAUGCAUAAAUUAAUAAAUAGUAAGAGAUAAGUUUCUCAAUGUCUUCACAAAUAUAAUUCCCAGAGUUCUUUGGGGUAAGUCAUAACCAUUCAACUGCUUUCAAACCAUUAAUUCUCUAGCUGCCAUAGAGCCAACUUUGUUAAUGUCAACCUUCUAAUUUUAAAUCUAGAUCCAGAAAACAAAAUGCUUUACGCCUUCCACAGCUGGAAGUCAUAUAAACCCUUAUAAUGCUUCUAUGAUUCUUUGAUGAUGGAUGACUUCUGGUCCUUCCUUUUGGGAGCAAUUUUGAUAACAACCUGUCUUCUAUUAAAUUCUGUUAUGUCAGAAUUUUUGAAGCAUUGUCUCUUGGGUUUUUAGCUCUGGUCCCAACUUUCCAAUUGCCUGCUUCAUUUCAUCCAAAACUAUAUAAAUAAUAAUUACUAUAAUGAGCAAAAACAGUUUUCACAAUGAAUGAGCAGGAACUAAACUAAAUAUAUGUUCCCAUCUGCAGUAAAUUUUUUCAACAUCUCACUUUUCAAAGAGAUUAAUGCUUAUCCAAUGGUAGCUUCAUCAAUUAUGAAUUAUUAUUCCAUUUUUAAUUGUCCAAAAUAUAUGAAACCUAGAAGAACCCAUUACAAUUGCUUUCCUUUUUAUUAACUAUUGCAGCCGCCACCCAGAAAUGUAUGUAUAAUACUAAGGAAUUAAUAAAAGCCUUAUCGUUGAUUGAUCAGUUUUAUGUUAGUUUUAAUUAGUACAUGUUGAAAACUAAGAAAGGAAACAAAUACAAGUUAUUUUACACUGAUGUGUUUUAAAAAUAUUUGCAGUGAAACAGGAAGAAGCUGGUAUUACCAUAUUUUUAAAUAUAUCUUUUAAAAUGUUUUUUACAUAAAGCAAUAGUACUGGCUUAUUCAGCUUGACAUAGAAAGAAAUUUUGUGUGCAUAUUUUCUGAUUCUUAGAGAAUAUCUUCUGGAUAUGUU